AUGAUUAGAUCAACUCUCAAUAUUGGUUUACAACAAGUUGCAAGAAGAUCAUAUAGUUCUGCUGCUGCUGCUGCUCCAUCUGCUGCUGCUGCUCCAUUGGAAGAAGUAUUAUUUGAACAAAAGGGAAAAUGUUUAAAUGUAUUGUUGAAUAGACCAAAAGCAUUGAAUGCACUCAGUGCCAAGAUGGUUCAUCUUUUAACACCAAGAUACACAGAGAUUCAUUCUACUUGCAAGGAUGGAGACUUGGCAAUCGUUAUGAAGGGUGCUGGUGAAAAGGCGUUCUGUGCAGGUGGUGAUAUUCGUGCCAUCUAUGACGGCUGCAAUCCAACCGCGAGAAAGACACUCUCACCAGAACAACAACUCGAAGCUGGUGACAAGUUCUUUAGAGAAGAGUAUCAACUCAACCAUCUCAUCUACACUUCACCAGUUCCCCAAGUAUCUAUCUACAAUGGUUUCACGAUGGGUGGUGGUGUCGGUCUCUCUAUCCACGGCAAGUUUAAAGUAGCCACUGAAAGCACUCAAUUUGCCAUGCCCGAAACUGGUAUUGGAUUCUUUUGUGAUGUUGGUGGUUCACAUUUCCUACCACGUCUACCAUACCAUAUGGGUAUGUAUCUUGGUUUAACUGGUGCUAAAUUAAAAGGAAUUGAUAAUUUAAUAAGUGGAGUGACAACACAUUAUAUUACAAAUGAUAAGAUUGGAAAAGUUCAAGACGCUUUGGAAUCAUUAAGUGUACCAAGUGAAAAGAAUGUACGUGGUACAUUGGAUUCAUAUUCACAAAAAGUUCCAUCGAAUCUUGAUGGUACUAUAGCCACCAAGUUUGAUGCGAUUCAUAGAAUAUUUGGAAAGGAUUCUGUAGAGAGAAUCAUUGAAGAGUUGAAAAAGGAUGGAUCUGACUGGGCCAAGCAAACGAUUGCCACCCUCCAGACCAUGUCACCCACCUCUCUCAAGGUUGUCCACCGUCAAUUGUUGAACGGUGCCAAGUUGGACAUGGCCGAGUGUCUCAAGAUGGAGUUUAGAAUGUCACAACAAUUUGUCGAACAACACGAUUUCUUUGAGGGUGUCAGAGCACUCUUGGUCGACAAGGACAAGAACCCACAAUGGAAGCCUUCCAAUCUCUCCCAAGUCACAGAUUCAAUGAUUUCAAAAUAUUUUGAUCAUUUACCAAAAGAUAGAGAAUUAAAUCUUUAA